CUAUGACUAACAUGAUUGCCAUGAAAAUAAAAAGAAAAUACAAACAAAUGCCCAAACAAGCAGAAGAGAGAGAUGACCCUUUGAUUACAGAAGCCAUUUCUGUUUUCAGAACAAAUGUUAAAAUUUCUCCGACUUACGUCUGCACUUCCUGUGGUAAAGCUUGCUUCAAAAACCAAGUGAAACCUUGCAUCAGGUCAAAUUACAGUAAAAACCCCCACAUCAUUUCACAGUGUCUGACAGGCAAAUAUGUUCAUAUCUGUGAUGAAGGCUGCAUAAAUGAACAAUGUAAAGUUCCUGAGAGAAGAACAGAAAACAUCUGUCACACAUGUCAUAAUUAUCUGAAAAAUGGAUCCAUGCCUCCACUUGCUGUUGCUAACAAACUGGAGCUUUUUGAUGUGCCAGAAGAAUUAUCAGAUCUAAACAUUCUUGAAAGACAUUUGGUUGCAAAAUGUUUACCAUUUGCAAAAAUCAUUCCCCUACCUAAAGGCAGACAGAACUUAAUACGAGGAAAUGUGGUUUGUGUUCCAUCUGAAGUUCAGGAAACUGUUGAAAUAUUACCACGAUUAAGAAGUGAAUCUCAGGUCUUAAGGGUGAAGUUAAAGAGACGUUUAUGUUAUAAAGGUCAUCAGCUGUUCCAGAACGUGACCUGGUCUAAACUCAUGAGAGCUUUAAAGACAUUGAAACAGAUUCAUCCACAAUAUCAAAGUGUAAACAUCAGAGAUGAAGCAGAACUGUGUGAUCCUACACUGCCAGAUGAUGAAGAUGAUGAUGUAAGGAUGGAAGAUGAAGAUUAUGAUGAAGCUGAUUUAAUGGAAAUUGACAUGUGUGAAAAGGUUGCACUGACUGGAGCAGAACAUGAAGCUAACAGUGAACAUGAUGGAGAAAUGAACAAACCAAGUGAAGGAAAAGAACACCAUGAGAGAGAUGAUCAUGAUAAUGAUGAACAAGAAGGAGACAUGCCUAAUGGUGGCUUUGCACUGGAAUCAUGUUUACAACCUUGUGAUGUUUCAGAGGAUAUAAUGAGUUUCAGUGAUGGUAUAUAUUCUGUUGCACCAGCAGAGAGAAACAGUCCUAUCAGCUUCUUCAAAACACCUAAAUUAGAAGCCAUGGCAUUCCCAGUUCAGUUUCCGACUGGCCUAAACACUCUGGAUGAACAACGGCAAAAGAAACUGACACCAAGCAGUUAUUUUAAAUCAAGACUUUUCUGCAUUGAUGACAGAUUUGCUCGUGACACGACAUACCUGUUCUUUGCUCAAUUUGUGACAGAAAUCUAUUUGGCUAAUUCCAGCAUGAGCAUACAGUUGAGAAAAGGCAAAGCUGUAACCAGAGAUGGACGCAGAAUCACUUCUAGCAUGUUACAGGACAGAGACGAGGUGGAAAGACUGGUGAGAAAUAAAGAUGCAGUGAGAUUCAUGCAGCCUCUUCGUGGUACACCUGCUUACUGGGAGAAAACAACACGAGACCUGUUUGCUAUGAUAAGACAGCUGGGCACGCCCACACUCUUUUGUACUUUCUCGGCAGGUGAAUUCCGUUGGCCGGAAGUGAUCGAAGCAAUUAAGAGACAACAAGGUGAAGAGGUUGAUUUUAAAGAGCUCGACUGGUCAACUAAAUGUGACAUUCUCAGAAGCAAUCCUGUGACAGCCAUGCGCAUGUUUGACAAACGUGUGGAAGCUUUAUUGAGAGACCUGAUCUUUUCUCCUGCUCAGCCACUUGGUAAAGUUAUUGACUUCUUUUACAGAGUGGAGUUUCAGCACAGAGGAAGUCCUCACAUUCACUGUCUGUUUUGGGUUGAAGGUGCUCCUGUGUUUGAGAAGGAUGAUGAUAAAACGGUGUGUGACUUUGUGGAUAAAUACAUAUCUGCUCAGAUUCCUGACCAACACAAACAACCUGAACUGUACAAGAAGGUCACCGAAGUUCAGAAACAUUCCUGGAAGCACACUAGAACAUGUUUUAAGACUGUGAACUCUGGCUGUAGAUUUGGUUUCCCCAAACCUCCCUGCAGAAACACAAUGAUCAGCAGACCUUUUGAAGAGGAAACAGAGAACAGUUUGACUAUGGAUGCUGCAAAAGACAAACUCAGACCACUGAACCUGCUGCUAAAUAAACCUGAAAGUGCCUCAAUGAGCUUAGAUCAGCUUCUGUCUCAAUGUAGUCUGACAUACAGUGAAUAUGAAGCAUGUUUGCACAUGAUCAGUAAAUCCAACACGGUGAUUCUGAAGCGUGAUCCAAAAGACAGCUGGACUAAUGGAUACAACCCACAUCUGCUGAAAGCCUGGGACAGCAACAUUGACAUCAGUUACAUCCUGAAUGCUUAUUCCUGUGUCAUGUACCUGACUAAAUAUAUAACCAAGAAAGAAGCCGGUCUGUCUGACUAUCUGAAAACAGUCAUUGAAAGUUCCAGCACAGAGAGAAUCAAUGAGAGUGAUGAAAUGAGAGAAGUCAUGCAGGCAUAUUCAAAAAAGAGAGAAGUAAGUGCUCAGGAGUGUGUGUGCAGAGCUACAGGAAUUCACAUGAAGCAGAGUUCACGCAGUGUCAUAUUUGUACCUACUGAUGACAACCCAGUGAAAAUGAGCCGUCCACUUUCUUACCUUGAGAGCACGACAAAUGACAGCUUAAACAUCUGGAUGACAUCACUGACUGACAAAUACAAAGCUCGUCCUGAAACACCAGAGUUUGAGGAAAUGUGUCUGGCAGAUUUUGCAUCAACUUGUCGAAUUGUUUAUGGCAAACAGACAAAUGGUAAAGGUGUGCUGCCCCUGCUGAAUGAAAUGGGAUUUGUACAGAAAAGAACCAGUGAUAAGCCUGCUGUGAUCCGAUACCACCGCUGUUCAAAAGAGAAAAAUCCUGAACAAUACUUUGGAACCAUGAUUAAGCUUUAUCUUCCCUACAGAUCAGACUGUGAACUGAAAAGUCAACAUUUUCCCACCUACGAGUCAUUCUAUGAAUGUGGAACUGUCCGUCUUCCUGGUUCUGAAUAUUCUGACUAUGUGAAGAACAUUGUGAAGGAAAACAGAGACAAAUAUGAGAAAAACUCAGAGGAGAUUGAUGAAGCUUUGGAGGAGUAUGAAGAGAACAGAGAUGAAGUUGAUGAAUGGUGUAAUCUUAAUCCACAGUCUGAGAUGGUGAGAGUUCCCUGUGAUCAAGGAGCAGAGUCUGAUCAUGAACAUCAGGAAAAUGUCCCAGAUCUCAACCGUUCUGAAGUCGUUGUACCUGAAGUCAGAUUAACAAGACAACCACCUGCAAUUGAAGCUGCUGAGCUACAGAGAAUGUACCGGAACCUGAACCAGAAACAGACCUGUGUGUUCUACAAAAUAAGAGACUGGUGUUUGAAAAGAGUGUGUGGACUGAACCCAGAACAGUUGUUCCUUUACAUCAACGGUGGUGCUGGAACAGGAAAGUCUCUUCUGAUUCGUUGUCUUUAUUCAAUGGCUUCUAAGAUACUGAGCAGAAUGCCGAGACAUGCAGAUGAACCUGACAUUUCAAACCCAACCGUCCUGCUGACAUCAUUCACUGGUACUGCAGCCUACAACAUAAAUGGAACAACACUGCACUCCUUAUUGAAGCUCCCGAGAAGUUUAAAACCUCCAUUUCAAGGACUUGGAAACCAGCUGGAUGAAGUGAGAGCUGAACUUUUGAAUGCUGAGAUUAUCAUCAUUGAUGAAGUUUCCAUGGUGUCUAAACCUCUCUUUGCUUAUGUUGAUGCACGGCUGAAACAGAUCAAAGGCAUUCAGAGACCUUUUGGAGGAAUGUCUGUUAUUGCAGUUGGAGACUUUUAUCAGCUCCCUCCAGUGAGACAGUCUAAACCUCUGUGUGUCUAUGACCCAUCACAGCUAGACCUUUGGCAGGAGAACUUCCAGAUGAUCACUUUGACAGAAAUAAUGCGUCAAAAAGAUGAUACUGCUUUUGCUGAGAUGUUGAACAGGAUCCGUGUGAAAGAAAAGUCAGAUGUGUUGUCAGAUGCAGACAGAGCUUUAUUAGCACAGACCAUCACUGAACCAGAGAACUGUCCUCUAGAUGCUCUUCACAUUUUUGCAACUAACAAGCAAGUGUCUUCUCACAACUCUGUAACUCUGUCCAGACUGCAUGCUAACACGAUAGAAAUUCCAGCAGAUGACUUUAAGAAAGACCCACGAACUGGCAGAAUGGCACGGCUGGACAAACCCUUCAAAGGAGGUAAAAAUGAACUGGCAGACACAAUAACAGUUGCUGAAGGAGCACGAGUCAUGCUGACCAGGAACAUUGAUGUCCAUAACGGUUUGGUCAAUGGAGCUUUUGGUAAACUUGUCAAUGUUAUAACUUCUGACAGUGAUCAACGUGUCAUUAAGGUUGGACUAAAAAUGGACAACGACACAGCUGGAGGACAAUCUGACAACGUGGUGUACGUGGAAAGAGUAGAGGAGAACCUGAAGCAGAAAGGUGUGGUUCGCCGACAGUUCCCUGUUAAACUGGCUUAUGCAUGUACAAUCCAUAAAGUUCAAGGAAUGACAACAACUAAAGCUGUGGUGUCACUGAAACAUGUCUUUGAGGCUGGUAUGUCAUAUGUAGCCAUCAGCAGAGUCACUUCUCUCAAUGGACUGUUUUUAUUGGAUUUUGAUGAGUCUAAGAUUUAUGCCAACACAGAAGUCACUGCUGCACUGGACACCAUGAGACAAGCAAAUCUGGAUGACAUGAUGCCUCUGCUGCUUCUGAAGGACACAGUGAGUAGACCUGAAACUAUGACCAUCAUACACCAUAAUACUGAAGGACUCCCAGCUCACAUAUGUGACAUCAAGAACCAUCAUGAGUUGCAUCUUGCAGAUGUUUUGUGUCUCACAGAAACCCAUCUACAAGGUUCUUUUGUUGCAGAAAGUCUUCAUCUGGAAGGUUACAGCAUGUUUAGCCGGAACAGAUACUUGUCCUACACUAACCAUCCUCAACUGGCAAAGAGAAGAGGUGGAGGAGUGGCUAUUUAUGUCAGAAACCACAUUACUGUGACAGAGAAGCGCUACAUAAACAAUGUGACUGACCUUGAGUUUGUGGUUCUGAAGGUUGAAGCUCCUGUGACUGCUUUCAUUGUUUCUGUUUACAGGCCUCCAGAUUACUGUCUGACAUCUUUCUUGACUAAUUUGGAAAGUUUGCUGUAUUCACUAGAGUUGUUGGAGAUUCAUCCCAUCAUUGUUUCUGGUGAUUUCAAUGUAAAUGUUCUGGUUGAUAAAAAUACACCUGUUUUGCAGCUGUUUCAGACUAGAGGAUAUGCACAGGUGAUCACAGAGGCAACAACGGAAAAAAACACUCUACUGGACUUGAUGUUUGUGUCCCGACCUCAACAGUGUCUACAAUCAGGUACAAUGAAAUCAUAUUACAGUUAUCAUGAGCCUGUGUUCUGUAUCAUGUCUUUUGACAGGUGAUGAAUGAGGUACCUUUUACAGGUGAGUUUAAAAACAAAAAGAAAUGUCAUCAUGCCAUUUUACAUUUUUAAUAGCAGUGUUAUUUAUAUGUUUACCUUGAAUCAUGUCUUAUAAAAAUGUUCAAAAGUCAAUAGUAUUAUCCUGAUUGCAAUCAUGAUUUUUUUCUGUAUUUAUAAAUGUAUCAGUUUAAAAUUAGUUCAUGUUUGGAGAUCAUGGUCAUUUUGAUUUGAACACUUGCGAUUGUUGUUUACUGAAAUAGUAUGUUCUUGAAUUUGUUUGACUUGUUCAAUUAUGGAUUGUAGUUUAUUGAAAUAAUAUUUACUGGGAUUUGUUUGACCUGUGUAGUUAUCCGGGUGGUGGGUUUGGGUUGGAUAACUGCACAGGUCAGGCAGCUGAUCACAGCUGCUCAAACUUAAAUGUAGAAUCAGAAAGGAUGUGUUCCUUAAUUAACACAUCCUUUCUGAUGUACUGCUCCCUGCCAGCAACACAGCUUAUUUAAAGAAAAAGUUCUCUUCUUUUAUGUCUAAGAUCUGCUGGGUAAUCAGUAAAAAAUUCUCUGGUUCUGUAAGUCCAGAGACAAAUCCUGCAGAUCAGAUAUAUAACAGGUCCACCAUCAUUCUGUUAACUGUCAGCAGCAGACAGAAAUCCCCAGCUUGAUGUCCUCAUGGUUUUAAGAACCGUUUGACAUCACAGUAACCUCUCAGUGGACCAAAUACUGCAGCUUUCUACAUGCAGCUGCCCUCUUACCGUGAAUGAUGAAAGAUUUACAAUUCAGUCACAUGGUUUUAUGAUUUUUCCUUAACCAAACAUAAAACCUUUAAUCUUGUGUUGUUUAUGUUCUUAUUUUCUGAAGUAUUGUUGCUGUGCUGGCAGGGACAGUAGUUCAUAGUUUUAUUCAGUUAGUAGUUUGUUUUGGGCCACUUCAACUGCUGCGUGUUUUAAUUAACCUGAACCUCACCAGUAAAUAAUUCUAAAGCUGAGGUUCUGUGUUUCUUCUGUAGGAUUUUUAGAAUGUUAAAGUGGAGUGGGCCUAGCCCAGUCUCAGAAACUAAAUGUUGGAACAAAAGAACAAACAUGAUUGCAGCAGUAAAAGAAUUAACAGAAUUGACCAAAAAAUAACAAAACAAAAAAGAA